AUGCUGUUGGAUCGGAAAGAUGUCUGGAUUGGAAAGAUUCUCCCUUUCGUCGGCAUGGGCCAAUAUGCCUUUGUUAGCGGUGUCAACAAACAACUGAAUCAGCUGUACAAGGAAUAUGGUGCUGCUGUCAAGGAUCCUCCACGGGUAAUGAAGUCUAGUGAAAGCAAACAGACAUGGCAGAAAAUUUCAGCCACAAGCACGGACACGUUCUAUGGCAACACCUUUUGCAAUCUGACACUUGCUAAAUUCUGGCUUGACGAUAAAUCUGGCAAGAACCACAUGAGGACAGGUGAAGCUUGUCGGGUUAUUGCUAAAGUUGGAAAUCUAACAGUUCUGCAAUGGGCCCUUGAGCAAGAGUUGUUUCCGUGGAGUGAACUACGCUUUGGUGCAUGCCUUGAUGCUGCUAUUUAUGGCCAUCUUGAAAUCCUCAAGUGGGCUCGUGAGAAUAAAUGUGAAUGGGAUUCAAGUACUUGUUUUUUGGCAUCCAGAUGUGGUCAUCUAGACAUUCUCAAAUGGGCACAUGAGAAUGGUUGCCCUUGGGCUGAGGAAACAUGUGCUGCUGCAGCAGAAUUCGGGCACUUGGACAUUCUCAAGUGGGCACGUGAGCAUGGUUGUCCGUGGACUGCCAACACAUGCGCUGAGGCUGCAGGGGGUGGUAAUCUAGAAGUUUUGAAGUGGGCGGUUGCCAAUGGAUGCCCUUGGAACUGGACAACCUGCACGGAAGCUGCUCAUGGUGGACAUUUGGAAAUUCUGGAAUGGGCCAAAGAGAAUGGCUGCCCAUGGAAUGCAAGCACAUGCAGUGCUGCAGCUGGCAGUGGCCACUUGGACAUUCUGAAAUGGGCUCGAGAGAAUGGAUGUCCCUGGGAUGCCAAUACAUGCAGUUCUGCUGCUGAAGGAGGACAUUUCGAAUUGCUAAAAUGGGCUCGAGAGAAUGGCUGUCCCUGGGAUGCCAAUACAUGCUCAGCUGCAGCUAAAGGAGGACAUUUGGAGAUUCUGCAGUGGGCUCGCGAAAAUGGCUGCCCGGAACAGGGGCGAGAGGACGAAUCGUAG